ACUCAGACAAAAUCAAACAAUGGCUAAAGCAUGGAUGUGCCUUUGCUUCCUUAUCUUCUUCCACUUCUCUUCAGAAAGAAACUUCAUCAAAGUCAACGCAGAGAUGAAGACCUGGUGUGUGGCUAAACCUUCUUCAGAUCAAGCAACACUUUUGGAUAACAUAAACUACGCGUGUUCUCAUGUCGAUUGUCGGGUUCUUUCGAAUGGGUGUCCAUGUUACUCCCCCGGUAAUCUCAUAAACCACGCUUCUAUCGCCAUGAAUCUUUAUUACCAAGCUAAUGGAAGAAAUUAUUGGAACUGUAAUUUCAAGAACUCUGGACUCAUUGUCAUAACUAAUCCCAGCUAUGGAAACUGCUACUAUGAAUACUCAUGAGCAAAAAGCAUAUGUAGGUCUCUGUUACAAGAAAACAGAGGAGGAGCAUGUCUCUAUGAGUUUUAUUACUAAAAAUAUCAAAGUUUUAUCCUGUUAUAAUCAUUUUAGUAACAUCCAAAAGAAAGAAAGUUUGUGAUAUAUGAAAAUGUUGAUCUUAAUUAAU